UUUUUAUUAAGUUUUCCAUUUAUUUUCCAAGGCAAGUAGCGGGACUGGCUUAGCCGUUUUAAUUAUUAAACCCAUUCUGUGAGUCCCUGUAGCCCCCACCAGUGGGGAUCGAACCUACUUCCGGUCUAGUAGCUGUAAUAGACUGGUAAGCUCGUACAUGUGACUCGCUGUUGCUUCAUGCCGGCCGGUUUCGUCCUCCGCUUUCCUGCGCUCUUGGCCCUUCCGCCGUUGCAAAAAAGCGCAACCCUUGACUGAGAUUGGUGAGCAGCCCCGACAAAGCCUAACCUAUUGGGACAAGAGAUGAAUCAAGAUCUCCUUACUCUUCUCUCCCUUUGCUCCCUUUCACCUCAUUCUUGGAGAGCAGCCAUGCUUGGUCUUGGCAGACAAAUUUUCUCUGGACUUUCUGUCUACUGGAAGCCUCUCUUCAGAGGCCGCCUCCUGCUGGUAACCAAUACAGUCAGUUGUGGAGGGCUUCUAGCAACAGGAGAUGCAUUUCGCCAGUCCUGGGAGAUAAAGAAGGACUCUAAACAAAAAUGGGAUCGUGCACGGACAGCACGAAUGUUCGCCAUCGGCUGCACUAUGGGCCCAAUGUUGCACUACUGGUACCUGUGGCUAGACAGGACCUUCCCUGCUGCUGGCUUCAGUGGCAUCAGGACCGUCCUGAAAAAAGUUCUCAUUGAUCAGAUCGUUGCCUCUCCAGUCUUUGGAGUUUGGUAUUUCAUAGGGAUUGGAUCUUUGGAAGGACAGACUCUGGAGCAAAGCUGGCAUGACCUGGAGGAGAACUUUUGGGAAUUCUACAAGAUGGACUGGUGUGUGUGGCCACCAACACAGCUGAUCAAUUUUCUGUUCCUGCCACCCAAAUAUCGAGUGAUUUACAUGAAUGUCAUCACUCUAGGAUGGGACACUUACCUGUCAUACCUUAAAUUUCGUAAUAAAAAGCCAACGCUCAGCCAGGAUGAAGACUCUAAACCUUGCGCUUCUGAGAUCCAAACUACUGGAUGAAAAGUGUGAAUAACCAAACUACUCUUUUAAAACAUGAAGCAAUCCGGCAUCUUGUUUUGAAAAAAAAAAAACCACUACAUUCUUCUAUGUAGAAAAUAGUACCUGAAUGAUUCUGUUUUCUGCAAGCAGUUCUGAUUUUCCUUGCCAAAAACUCUGUAAAAAGAACAAGACUGAAAGCUCAGAGCACUUUUCCUCCGAUAGGCUGGUGUACGUUGAAGCAGCAACCAGCAUCUAGUGGAAGUGCUAUCCCUUUAAAAAUACCAAAGUAUACAUUUUCCUUAUUUAUUUAUUAAUUUUGUAUCGCCUCAAUCUCAUGAUUUUGGGAGAGUGUGCAAGAAUCUCAACAAUGAUCUUAAAAUCAGUUGUGUGUCAACAAAAAUAAUUAUGGACAAAGAAAAUAUGGCCAUCUCCUUCUUCUCCACUAAGCCUGAAAGGAAUAAGGAAAGCUUUCCAGAACUUCCUAAAAGCCAAAAAGGAAGACAUCGAGUGUAUUUCCAGGGAAGGUGUAUUCCAUGGCUGGCUGGGGAAUUCUGGGAGCUGAAGUCCACCCAUCUUCAAGUUGCCAUGGUUGAGAAACGCUGCCAUAGAGGUGUGGCCAUAUUUGAGAACUGUUGAUUGACUUUGGAUGGUUUGAAUUAGCAACACAGUUCAUUCUUUGGAGUAUGAAUGCAUCUGUUUUGAAAAUAAUAACUAUUUAGAUAACCGGAGAGUCGGACAAGCUAAGAAAGGGAGAAGUAAAAAUAGGGGGAAAAGGGAAAUUCAUCUUGAAACACUGAUCUAGAGCAUCCUUUACAGAACAUGCUGUGAGAGGGAAUGGAUUUGGACUAUAAGUCUAUAAAUUUAAUGAAUAUAUCUAAAAAGUAACAAACAAGCUUCAGAGUAAGUUCAUCCCACGAUUGUGUUGAGAGUUCAAAUAUGGGGAACAAGCUUAUGUCCUUAUUGUUUUGCUGACAAGCAGUGCUGCAGAAGGUAGAAUUAAAAAAAAAA